AUGUCUCUCCUCGCUGCCGCCGUCGCCCGCCGCGCCUCCGCGCUGUUCCGCCCCGCGGCCGCCGCCGCAUCGCUAAGGCGGAUGAGUUCGUCUUCCAUCGACGCCCUGCGUGCCGAGGCCGCCUCCUACCGCGCCAUGGCCGCCGCCUACCGCGUCAAAGCCGACGCCCUCCGCACGGCCACCCACGACGGGGAGCUCGUCGGCGUCAUCCAAUCCACCCUGCAGUCCCACGACCGCAGCCCGGUCGGUGAGAUUCCGAGCGACUUCCCUUUUGAAAUCAACAAAACGGAUGGGUUUGCCGACGUUACUCUUACGAGAAGUUUAAGAGGGGAGCAAAUCGAGGUCCUGGUUUCCAUGCCCACGCUUGACCAGGAUGAGGAGGAUGUCUCGUCGUCUUCCGAUGGGUACUACACAUCAUCAUGUUCAGACCAGGACGACCAAGACGAGAACAGCCCACAAGAACAAACUGUUCCUCUCACGGUCACCAUCUCCAAGGGUGAUGGCUCAAGCCUCGAAUUCUCUUGCACCGCUUAUCCAGACAGGGUCGAAAUCGACGACAUAUCCAUGAAACAGCAAACACCGGGGGUUGUUGCGGCUGCUCUAGAGGACGAUGAAGAUGACCAGGUUUAUGAAUUCAGUCAGCUAGAAGAAAACCUGCAGCAGGAACUCUACAAGUACCUGGAGUUGCGUGGGAUCACUCCCUUGAACGCAAAGAUUUUGCACGAGCACAUGAUCAACACGGACCGACGCCGGUAUCUCCUCUGGCUAGCCAAGUUGUCGGAUUUUGUCAAGAAAGACUGA